CCACCGCUCUCUCCUCGCAGGCCCAACCAUGGUGGAGCCCCCAGCAGAACCCCCCGCGCAGCCCUGUCCCGCACCCGGCGGGGCGACAGCGGCGACGCCGGGGGAGACGUCCCGACCCGGUGAGCAGUCCCCGCUGCUGCACCUGGACCUGUACAACUUCGACUGCGCGGCGGCGGAGGGCAGCCGGUACGUGCUGACCAGCCCCCGCUCCCUGGAGGCCUGCGCCCGCUGCGCCGUGCGGCCGGUGGAGCUGCUGCCGCGGGCGCUGGGCGAGCUGCUGCGCGAGGCUCCCGGGCGCUCCAUGAGGGUGGCCACCGGCCUCUACGAGGCCUACGAGCGGGAGCGCCGCCGCAAGCUGCAGCAGUGCCGCGAGGAGCGGGAGAGGAUUAUCCGCGAGGAGAAGCGGCGCAUCCUCGCUCCGCUCGGCAGCCUGCCUCCCUCGCCCGCCGCCCGCCUCGCCCCACGGGCUGCCGCCAGCGCCGCUGUGCCCCGUGCCGUGGGGAAGGCUGGGGCGUCAGGAGGCGCCAAGGCCAAGAGCCACUCCCUGGACUCGCUGCAAAAGCGUCGGGAGGGCAGCUGGGGCAAGACCUCCUCGGAGUCGGGAGCGUCGUCCUCGUACAGCGGGGAGAGCCUGCGGGGGCUGGGGGGCAAGGCGCGCGGCCGGGGCCGGGUGGCCGACGGCUCCCUGCUGGGGCGCAGCUUCAGCCUGGGUGACCUCAGCCACUCACCGCAGACCGCCCAGAGGGUGGAGAGGAUCGUCAGGGAGGUGAAGAGGAAGAAGGGCCUCUCAGAGGUGCCUGAGAGGGACAAGAAGAUCGCGGCGCUGAUGAUCGCCAAGCACCAGGAGGCCAGCCUCCUGCGGGAGCAGCGGCAGGCGGCCCAUCUGCAGUGGGACAGCCAGCGGCGCCUGGCGGAGCAACGGAAGGAGCAGGAGGAGAAGGAGAAGCAGAAGGCCCUCCUGCAGGGCCAGCGGAUGUGGGAGAGCCAGGUGGAGAAGCGGCGGGGAAAGCUGAGCCAGGAGCAGCAGGAGGUUGCCCUGCUGAAGCAGAAGCAGAGGCAGGUAUGUGAGGAGAGGUGGCGGGAGCAGGCGGAGAAGCAGGAGCGGCUGCGGAGGGAGAAGCUGGAAAGAGCCGUCCAGGAAGACAAGCAGAAGAAGCUCCAUCAAGAGCACAAUCUGAAGGUGAAGGAGGACAGCAAGAAGGAGCAGCGGGAGCGAGAGGAACAGAUCCUGCAGGAGAAGCUGUCCACAGCUGCGCAGAAGAGGCAGAGGAAGGAGGUGCGGCUGCAGAAGGAGAGGAAGCAGCUCAACCAAGCAGAGAAGCUGAAGCACGAGACUUUGCUCAAGGAACUGGCCAAGCAAGAGGCAGAAGAGAAGGAAAUGCUGAAGGCCUCCCUGGAGAUGAGCUUGUCCAAGGCUCAGGAGAACUAUGAGCAGCUAGUAGAGAAGAGGAACCAGGAGCUGAGGGAGAAGGCCAGGCGGGAGGACAUGCAGAUCCAGAGAGCUAAACUGGCAGCAGAGAAGAAGGAAAGAGAGCAGAAGGAGCACUUGGAGGCCCUGGCUAAAGAGACAGAGAGGAAGCUCCAGCAUGCUGCCCAGGUGGCUGAAGAGGUGGUCCAGGAAAAAGCCCGCAGGUUGGUCUUGAGCCGUCUGGAGAAGGAGAAGGUGCAGAAGAUGAACAAGCAAAAGGUGGAACAGUAUGAGGACUUACGGCGCAGGGAGAUUCUCCUUUCUAUCGAGAGAAAACUGGAGAGGAGCGAGCAGAUCUUCAAGGAGAAGAAAACUGUCUUAGAAAAUGCCAGGUCUGUAGCUCGGGCAUCCUUCCAUGUCCGGGAAAAAGUACGGGAGGAGACCAACACACGCACCUUUGACAAGAUGGCCUUCGAAGCAGAGCUGCACGCCAGCCUGGAUAAGAAAUGAAAGGUCUUGCUGGGGAUAUGUGAUCAGUUGUCCCUCAUAAUGCAUCAGAAAGCUCCUCUGCAUUAACGGUUAGUAUUUUAAAAAAAUAAAACUAACCACCCUAAUUCAUUAUUUUGGGGGAGCAGGGUACCGCACAAAAAUGUGGCAGCUAUUUCACAUACUUCUUAAAACUUGUUUUUGUUCUGGAUGUGUUUUAAGGACUGACCUCAGUCAUCUUUACAAAGGGGAAGCAAGCUUUUGCGUCCUCUACCCCACAAGCACAGAGGGCUGCAGAAGAACUUUGCGUGAUACCUGUCAGUUACCAAUUGAUUGUCUAAACUGGAGCUGACUACAACGGCACUAUUUUUUGUUGGAAAAACAGACAAUAGAGACUAUGGGCUACUCUUAGAGCCUAUUGACAAAGAACCCAAACCAAGCCAGCUGAUUUUGGUUUGAGUGACAUUCAGUGUGGUUUAAGAUACGGGAUUGCAUUUUCAAAGCUGCUGCGCACUCCGGAAGAUGAAAAUGGUUCUCUUGGAAAAGUCCAUGGUCCCCAGGUGCGUCUCAUUCACUGCUGAUAUCAAACACUGGGGAAAGAAAGCGCGGGUCAAGGCUUCACAACACCGUAUAAGCAGGCAUUACAAUCCCAGUCAGAUGGAAGCUGUUAAAACGCUCACAAUCUCUGCAGUUUCACUUCUGCUGUUUGCAGCUUUCCCCAGUAUCCUUACCCUCCUUUCCAAAUGUCUCUUACAAAGGUCCGCAGAGUUUCUUCUUCCAGAGGAGAGGAAGGAAGAAUCUGUGGGCAAUCCACAAGCUGACAGUCAUCCCAACAACCCAUUUGUACAUUAAGACGUACAGAUUAACAAACCUAUGGAAGCUGGUCCUUGUUGCAAACGUGCAAAUGGAAAUCUGUGAACAGAUUGCAUAAAGGGGCUGAGGAAUAUCCACACUGGAAUAUUCAUGUUUGACAAGAACCCGAGCAACCUUCUCCAGCUCAGCCUGCUUUGAGCACGAGGCUGGACGAAGCAUACACCAGAGAUCUCUUCCAAACUACUGGCUGCAUGAGUUGCUUGCAAUGAGACUGUCACCCUGCUCUUACUGUUGUCUGCUGAGUAGGGCAGCUUUUAUCUAUCUGCUGGUGCUAUCAGUUGCAUUAUUAUUUUAGGGCACAAGAAAGAGGAGAUGCACAAAAUAAGGUAUGUUACAGAUUGUCUUGGGUGACGAUCACUACAUUUUUUACAACUAGCUGAAUACUAUUUUGAGGGAAACAAGACCUUUUGACAUGAAUGCACUGGAAAUGUGAAAGCCUACCUACACCCUGUGGACAGCAUUCAAGUCAGUGUUCUGUUCCAGUUCUCCAUGUUUACUCACUGCCAGGUUGAAGUUACAAACCCGCAUCCAAACCAGGCACUUUCUGUUGUUUUUUUUUCUGGCUCCAGGCAGUGCCAGCGCUGUGCUCCACCAUCCAUGAGCGUGCUGGGUUGCUGUGGUGAUAGCUGUCAAACCUGGAGCAAGGGAGAGAAGCGGCAAGAAGAGCCAGGUUCUUAUUUCCUUGCAGAUGUCUCUGACGUACAACACAGGGAAAGAGGAAACCCGAAGAAGGUGACACGGGCAUGCGGUGUCACAUGCAUAGAUCACUUACCUCUCAGAAGGCUCUAAAGAAAGUAUUAAAUGAAUAGCAACAACAGCAGUAGACCAAGCACACUCUGGUACCCUGCAAGGCUGGAGACACUGUAAAAGAAGUGCUGGAAAUGAAGUAAUCUUGUAAAGUAAAACUUGCUGUCUUUGAAUCACAGAGUGAUUGGCACUGUGGGGGCAGAUGGCACAAAAAGCAGGAAGUGGGACACCUGAGUUGUGCUAGCUCAGUUGUUGGCUUGAUAAGUAACAUCAGGCACGUCCUUGCGGGCUGGCCCUGCUCCUAUUGAUAUAAAAGGAAGCAGAAUCGGCCUCUUGGGAUUGAGGUGGCUCGCAGGAAAUAGUAACACACGGCUUAGCAAAGCACUUCCAGGACUUUGGAUGAAAGAUGCUAACAAAGCACAAAGUACUGAUUUAUUUAUUUGUUUGUUUGAGGUGUUACUAAAAAAAAAGCACAUCCGUUGGUGAAAAUGGUCAGGUAACUCCAAAACCUAAAAAAUGCACAACUGUGGGAAGGACAACGGUGCUAGCGUUUCCAGCUAGGAGCUUGCCACUUCACUCUCCUCCUUGAAACUACAAGUGAUUUGAAAAGAGAAAGCAAUCUUGCUGUCCUGCUGUACCACCAGUCAUGUUUAUGCGCUGUUUGUACUGCAGUGUGUAGCGUGGUGGGCGGAUGAGUGGACACAGCCACUGACAUUUUUUCCCUUAACUGAAUUGCACCCUCUGAUGUUACAUUUCCAAUGCAGAUCAAGAAAACUUUUACAGCCCAGGAGAGGCGCUUUGGCCACUGACUGUAAUUACACCUCAAGUCCGUGUCUUGCUGCUGACUGAGUUUGACAGCUCAGGGCUACAGCCAAACUAAUCAAAGCACACCUCCAUGGUGGUAAUUGGAUUGGCUAACUGCUGUUCCUAUUCUGCGCAGUGUGCAGCUUGAGUUUUGAAUGUGCAAUCUUUGGAAAAAAAAAUAUUUUUUUUUCAAAAGACACAGAUUCGUGUAUGGACUUUUUCAUUUCUGUAGAUAUUCCAGUAUAAAGCUUGUGAGAGUCAAUGGAGUUUAUAGCUGUUUAAAAUUGUAACAAAGAAUUUGCUUCUAGAUCAUGUGCAUGCCUGCUACAGAAUGACCUCUAGAUCUUGGACUGUCUGCACUUUAAAAGUGCAGGCAAAUGCCUUGUACUGGGUAAUUGCUGUGACUGAUGGCACAUCUUAGGUCUGGCUAGCAUUGAAUUCCCAGGUUUCUCCUCCUAAACAGAUUUCAUAUUGGAUUCUGUAGGUCUAGUGGAUCAACCCAAAAUCUAGAUCCAAAUGCCACUAUACUCUCAAAUCUGAAACCAAACACAUGUGCACAAACCUGUAACUUCUCCUAUGAAGUGCUGUACAGGUUAGCAGUGCCGAUGGACUGGAGCUCCUGCUAGCAUUUAACCUGCUGGAAACCUCUCUGAAGAGUUUCUGAAGUUGAGAUAUUGCAACACUGGGGAGAGAGACUCCAUUAUCAUCUAAAUGUUCAAAAAAGAAUUACAGUACCAAGUCUUGAGAUUCAUUUUCAGCUAAAGCUGGAGGUCUUCAGAGCUGGUCAAAGUUCCAGCACUGAAACUGUCUCUUCUGAAUGCUACCUCUUAGCAAAACAUUCAUCUCCAAACCAUGAUCUCUGUCAAGGUUGUAUUUGUCAGACACAUUCAAAAGCUAUUAGGAGCCACAGCUGCACCCCCAGUAGUUAAUGUUCUACAAAGUAUUUUUAACCCAGUUUAUCACAAACACUUUCACAGCAUGGAUAAGAAAGGUGUGAAGAUGAGAUUUCUCACCUUAAUUACCUUCUCUUAGGGAGCUCUAGACUCAUUCUGUGCUAAGCUUUCUCCUGAUGCCAGGAAAAUUUUGUGCCAGGGAAAUUUUUGUGAAGUUUUGUGCACAAAACUGAUAGCGAAUACACAAUAUGCACAGGUCUGAGAGGUGCGAAUGUCUUUAUUAAGCCCACCUUGGACAGGGAGAUACGGGGAAUGCCAUAUUUGCAGUGCAAAGUCAAAAGUUUUCCAGAGGUUUUUCUAAGGAUCGCAUCCAGUAGCUAUCCUCAGAGAGGCGACAUUUUCUGUUCCUUUAUUCACCUCUGAGAAAGCCUGGUUGAUGCCAUCCUACCUGAGAACAAGUUUUCAUCACCA